AUGACACUGGAAAUCCAUCAUGGAUCAGUGACAGGAGAGGAUUUUGGGCGAAAAGAGGAGGAAUUUGAAUCCCCCCACAGACACAACAACUUCCCAAGGAUACCAGAGCAGCUUUCCUCAGCAGCUGCCUCUCUCCCCGUCCUCCAAAAGGAAGAUUUACUCCCGCCACACAUUCUCGUGCCCCAUGCCCCCAACGAUGAGGAGAACACCGUUAUCGCCCCAUGGCUCGACGAAUCAUCUGCCGCACCAGGAAAGCGGUCCUUUGGACUCCCUCAAAAGGCCUCCUUUUCCUCCUUCUCUCUUCCUCGUCAAGGCAGCACAGCAAGCCUCCUCAGUCGCACUCGUAACAGCGAAUCACACAGCAUAGCCGAGUCCUACACCAGCUCCAUACAGUCCGAGGCUACCCUCGUCUCAAGCUCACCGGAGAGCCGCAAGGGAAAAUCCUCUAUGAGCAUCUUCAACAUUAUCAAGAAGUCUCGUAGCAGGAGCAGACUCGCAAGUGACUCGGAUCGACUCGGACUGCUCUCACGUUCUCACUCCCCUCCAAACCGUCCUUCUCAGACGUUCACGGACACCUUCAUGACAUCUCUGUCCAUACCAGAACCCCCGCCCCCACCUCCUCCCCCACUCCCGAAGAAAGACAAACUGGUGCGACCAAGGAGAAAGGCUCAGAACAGACCUCCACCUCUCCCUCCAAAGGAUGGCGUAUACAAGCUAGAUACCGAUAUCGACCAUAUGGAAGGAAUCAUCAAGCUGACAGCAUUACCGAAUCAGAACAUGGAGUCUACCAGUUCGCCUGGGAGCGGUAUCGAAAGCCAGCAAUCAAGCGCGCUAAGCUUCUCAGAUGCCAGCAUUCAUCAUGCUUCUUCGUCACCUACAGGCUCUUUCUUCAUCAACCCAUUCCUUCCAUCAAUUGUGGCGAAAGGUAAGGCUCACCUAGUACACGACCAGAGAAAGGUUUCCCCGAAGACCAUAUUUCCUAUGGAUGGAGAGGCACCUGAAGGCGAUGACAGAGAUGACCAGGAAAUGGACCCAGUCUGGAUUGCUCCGGAAAGUUGGGCGGUCCACAAGAGGAGAGAAGGUAACUUGGGGCCAGAGGAAGCCAGUUCAGAAGAAAGCUUGGCUGUGGUGGGAGCAAAGUUGCCAGCGUCGAAUCUAAGUGUUAAUGGCGGAGGGACGAAUAAACCUAAGAUGCGACGCAAAACGAAUAAGACACUCAUGCCUCCUGUCCACGAUGGCAAGACAUAUAGAGUACGGAUCUAUCGGGCCGAUAACACUUACCAUGUUGCUACCAUCUCCCUUCUAUCGACUGUAGCAGAGCUGACACCACUAUUGGACAUGAAACUUACGGAUGAAAACGCUGAAAGUCAUCGACUGUACUUGAAGGAGCGGGGUCGGGAAAAACCCGCUGAAAUCGUUCGAAGAAGAUUGGAGCACGCCGGCUACGACCAAGCAGACAGCUUGGAUUUUUUAGGAGGCGAAGACAUGACGUUUUUGAUGAAGUUUAUUUACAAGACUCAUCUCUUGGGUCCAACGGCAGAGGAUCUUACGUUUGACGAGUUUGAAUACGUCGAUCUUACAGGCCGAGCAAUUCCGGCAAUUCCUAUCGUCCUACACCAGAAUGCGAGCUCGAUUAUAUAUCUAAAUCUUUCGCGCAAUCCCAUGGUAGAAAUUCCGCUCGACUUCUUACAGGCUUGUACUACGCUGCGUGAACUGCGUCUAUGUAACAUGGCUAUGAAGAAGGUACCCUCGAGUGUACGGCAUACGGCCAGCCUUCAUCGCUUAGACCUAUCGUGUAAUCGAAUCAUGGAUCUGGACGACGCCGGACUCGACCGCAUUCCAGAGCUCACAAACCUUAAACUACAAAACAACCGAAUCGAAAAGCUCGCCUCAUAUUUCCCUGGAAUGCGCAGCCUCAAAUAUCUUAACAUUUCAAAUAACAUGUUUUCCCACUUUCCAUCGGUUAUCUGUGAGAUGCCAAGUCUAGUGGACCUUGAUGUUUCGUUUAAUACGAUCACGGAGCUUCCAGACAAGAUAGGUCUGCUCAAGAAACUUGAGCGGCUAGUUAUUCUAGGAAACCAGGUCUCGAAACUACCAGACGAGUGUGCAGCCUUGGUCAGCCUUCGUGUUCUGGACUGUAGGAGGAACGGUAUAUCGGACCUCUCACCAGUGUGUCAACUCUCAAGGCUAGAUACACUUCUAGCAGACCACAAUGCACUCCAUGCUCUAGACUUGUCUCAAUUACCCCUUCUAACGACGCUAGACGUGUCCCAUAGUGAUAUCACACGAUUGACCCUCUUACCAAAUCCCGCAUGCCAGGUUCCUUAUCCUCUUACGUCUCUUGAUAUAUCUCAUGCAAAAUUGUCGUCAUUCAGCGAUCUGGACCUCUCGCAGUUAUCCUCGCUCCAGCAUUUGAAGAUUGAUAAUAAUUCAUUCAGGUCGAUACCCGAUUCUCUUGGCGAACUUAGUCGCUUAAUCACCCUUUGCUGUUCCAACAACCAGCUCGACGCACUGCCAUCUAGCAUAGGACAACUACAGCGACUCGAAACGCUUGAAGCCCAUAACAAUAGUCUGAAGGAACUUCCUGAAACGCUCUGGAAUUGUGCUUCGUUGACGCUCAUCAAUGUGACAUCCAAUCUAUUGGAGACCUGGCACGACCCACCAUCUGUUUCUGUUACGCCUUCUGUCGGUGUGAACCUGGAGGCUGUUUCACCGAGUCGGCCAUCAUAUCAAGAAAGAAAGAUGUCGUCUGCAGCGUCGAUUACGAGCUCUACGACAUCGCCCCUUCCCUCCCUUGCACACUCCUUGGAGCGAUUAUACGUUGGUGAAAAUAGACUCACCGACGAAGCGCUGCCACCUCUGACAAUAUUGAAAGAGCUUCGUGUUCUGAAUCUAUCCUUUAACGAGAUUAAACAGGUACCCCCAUCAUUCUUGAAGAAUCUCGUCAAGCUGGAGGAACUUUAUCUGAGUGGCAACAACUUGACGAGUAUCCCAAUCGAGGACCUGCACCGAUUGCAAAACCUCACUGUUCUGUUCCUCAAUGGCAAUCAAUUGCAGACACUUCCUCGUGAACUGGUGAAAAUCAAGAAUCUCUCUGUCAUCGAUGUAGGCAGUAACCUCCUCAAAUACAACAUCAACAAUUGGGAGUUUGACUGGAAUUGGAAUUUCAACAAGAACCUGAAGUACCUUAAUCUAUCUGGCAACAAGCGGUUAGAGAUCAAACCAGAGAAGAGUAAAUCCCAGUCAGAGAACGAGGAAGGCGACCGAGUAUUGCUCGCUGGAUUCACUGAACUUACUCAGUUGCGUGUGUUGGGCAUGAUGGAUGUGACGACGACAUUUCUGCCAAACAUACCUGACGAAGGCGACGAUCGUCGUGUACGGACGUCACUUUCCGUUGUCAAUGGAAUGUCAUAUGGUAUCGCAGAUAACAUAGGCAAAAACGGCCAUCUACAAAUGCUUGAUCUCGUGCAGCCAGAGUUCCGAGAAAGGAAAAACGAAGCUGUCUUUGCUAUGUUUGGUCGCUUUCAAGCCGUCACUAACAAUAAUCGACUGUCACGGUUCCUGCACGAUAAAUUUAUUCCCAUCUUCUCAUCUCAGCUAUCUUCUCUCGAUCGAUCUAAAGACGAGCAUGUCCCGGAUGCGUUGCGGCGUACCUUCCUUAGGCUCAACAAAACCCUGCAUGACGAACUUUACUCCAAUACUUCCUCCCGCAAGAUGUCGCAAGCCAGCGUAUCAACAGCAGGUACUGUAGGCUAUGAUGUCUCUUAUAUUCGAAGUGGUGCUUCAGGAAUCGUGCUGUACUUCGUGGAUAAACUACUGUAUGUUGCCAACGUCGGUCAAGCGCUUGCCGUGAUAUCUAGGCAAGGUUCCGCUGAGCUCAUCUCCACGGAACAUGUCCCAUUCAAUCGAUCUGAAACGGCUCGAAUACGAGCGGCUGAAGGCUGGAUAUCUCCCAAAGGUCUCAUCCAUGAUGAAACUGAUACUUCACGUUCCUUCGGUUUCUACCACGACUUCCCCGUCGUGAAUUCACGUCCUGAUAUCUGCGUUCGCCCUUUGACCGAGCUUGACGAGUUCGUCAUUAUUGGUAAUCGUGGUUUAUGGGAUUACGUCGGGUACCAAACUGCUGUCGAUAUUGCACGCUCUGAGAGGGGUGAUCCCAUGAUUGCGUCGCAAAAGUUGAGAGAUUUCGCUAUCAGCUAUGGUGCCGACGGAAGUACUAUGAUCAUGGUCAUUUCUGUUGCCGAUCUCUUUCAUAGCCCUGACCUUCUGGAUCCUAACUCUUAUACCUCUCUGAAACGGCGUGGUGGCAAGAAGGCUGAUAUUGCUGAUCGCCAGAUUUCUCGAUUGGAUGGUGAAGUGUCGGCUCCUGUGGGACAUCUCGCCUUGGCUUUCACUGAUAUCCGAAACUCCACGCAUCUGUGGGAGGCCAACGCGGGUAUGCCAACAGCCAUGCGUUUGCACAAUCAAUUGUUGCGACGCCAAUUGCGCCUGUGUGGCGGCUAUGUGGUGAAGACAGAGGGCGACGCCUUCAUGUGUUCUUUCCCGACUACACUUUCCGCACUUCGAUGGUGUCUUGCGGUUCAAGUAGAGCUUCUUAAUCAGCCUUGGCCUUCUGAAAUUCUGGAAUGCGAUGAUGGCAGAGAGUUUUACGAUACUCAGGGGAAUCUUGUUGCUCGAGGCUUGUCUGUUCGCAUGGGUAUACAUUGUGGGAUGCCUGUGUGUGAGCCAGAUCCCAUCACUAACCGGAUGGAUUACUUUGGUCCGAUGGUGAACCGUUCUGCUCGUAUCACGGGAAGCGCUGCCGGUGGACAAAUAAUGUGCAGCGCAGACGUUGUCCGGGAAAUCAAUGCGAAGAUAUUCGAGAGUGGUCCUGAUACCGAAUAUUCAGAUGUGCAACCUCCCCAAGCGAUUGACGCCAUUCGCAGUAUGAAAAUUGUCGUUGUGCCUGUGGGCGAGGUGAAACUAAAGGGGCUGGAAGUUCCGGAGAUGCUGUCGUUAGUCUAUCCCCUUGAGUUGAUAGGACGACAGAGUCCCGAAAAGUACACACCACACCCGAUGGCUAUGAUGCAGCCCAUACUACCGCCGCAGCCAUUAGGGCCACCGCAGCCGAUGGUCACAUCCUCCAAAGUUCAUCCCAAGAUCUCCCACGUGCGAGAUCUUGCCAUCCUGUGCCUGCGUUUGGAGGCGUUGGCGUCCUGUCGGGUGUUCCGGCCUCGAGAGCAGAACGAGCGGUUGGGCGAGGAACGGCUGGACUCGUCUGUCAUGCAGGGUGAUCUGAGACUCUUGUUGCCUCCACUGGACGAGAAAACGUCUGAUCUUGAAAUUUUAAUGCAUCUGGAUUCCUUGUCCAUUCGGAUAGAGAAUGCCAUCGCGUCCUUAACUUUGAAGCGUUUGGCAUGUCACUCGGACUCGAUCGUAUCGGCGUUGGGACGAGGAGGGUUGGAUGAACGGACGUUGCAGUUACUGUUGUCUUCGCUCUCAUGCUAAUCUUUUGUUGUUUUUAUUUUUGACUUUUUCCCCCCCGUGUAGUCUUUAUCUGGUUUUUACGUUGUUGAAGUAACUUAUGAUAAUAGUUAUCAGUCAUUAGUUUUGUUGUUUAUAUUGCUAUCUUGUCUGUUGUAUGUACUACUUAGUACUCACUGUAGCCAGAGAAUUUUUUGAGCUGCCUUGGAUGUAAUAGGCCAAAACAGCGAGAAGUGAACCAGCAAGAAAAUGUAUAUCCGCACCGAGCACACU